AUGAAACUGAAGAAAGGAAAAGCAGCAGGGGAAGAUAAUAUACCGAGCGAAGCAUGGAGAUACAUGAAAGGGGAGACGGAGCAAAAAAUGAUGGAGCUACUCAAAAAGAUCUGGGAAGGAGGAGGGAUGUCGGAGGAAUGGAGAGUAGGAAUAAUUUCAUCCAUAUAUAAAAAAGGGGACCGGGAAGUGGUAGAAAACUAUAGAGGUGUGACAUUGCUCAGCACAGCAUAUAAAAUAUAUGCAAUGACACUAAAUGAUAGAAUAAAGAAAGAGAUCGAAACAAAAAAGAUAAUACCAGAUACCCAACACGUGGCAGAGAAAGCAAUAGAGAAGAAGAAAAGAAAGCUGUACACAUUUUUCAUAGAUCUAAGGNGCGGCCUUCGACAAAAUAGUCAGGAAAAAGCUAUUGGAAACAAUGGAAAAGGCAGUCUAGUCGUGGGAAUCUUGGCCUAUGGAGCAGAAGUAUGGGGAUGGACGGAAAAAGCGGAAUUAGAGAGAAUACAAAUAAAAUAUAUUAAAUGGACGCUUGGGCUGGACAGCAGGACACCAGACUGUAUAAUCACGGAGGAAACGAAAAGGGAGAAACUGAAGAUUAGAUUGGCAAAAAGAGCGGUAGAGUGA